AUGCGCUUGCGUNAUCAUGCCGCUAAAAAUAACGAGAUCCGUGGGAUUACAAGUCAAUCCCGACAACUUUAUCCUUACGGGCAGGAGGAAGGUCGCCCGAAAUGUUGUUCCGAUCACACAAAACGCUACCAAUUCAUCGUCCACCGGCACGGCCACGUCCCCAACGAAGCAAACGGUAAGAGAAGUUACUUAAGCAAUCAAGAAAAUGUGCUUCAUACUGUUGCCGUUUCCAACGGGGUCGUUGAAUCCGUGAACACUCAAAGCGGCUCCACUUCAACGGACAUGGUCACCGAUAGCUCCGUGUCCACAUCCGCCUCAUCGUACAUAGAUCUGACGGACGAAGACGACAAAAAAGCAGCGGCGGGUACAAAUAAUAAAAGGAGAUCGUCAGUUACUAACAACAACAAUAAUGGCGGUACAAGUCAGAGUUCAACGUCCGCGGCUCCCGUCAAAACCGUCACCAGCACCGUAACGACGACGACUCCGAACAAGAGUUAUCGCAUCGUGUCACCAGCGGUGGCGUCCGGAAUGACGGUCCCCGGUACCCCCAGACUCAUGUACGUCGUCAACAGCAACCCCGUGCAAGGCAUCAUAGCUACCACAACUACCACCACCACCACUCCCAAAUCGGGUUCACUAUUGAAAAUCAACACAAACGGUCUCGUUGUUUCCCUUGUUGACCUCGACAUCUUUUGUUUCUUCCUAAUAGGUCAGGCGGCUUCGAUGAGAUCGGCUUCUUCCGCUUCACGGUCACAGCAGUCCGUGAGACCGGUGCAGACGGUUCGUCCGACGACCACGCCCAAAAAUUCGUCCGCUAAGGCUUCUGGGGCACGGCACCCGGCCCCGUUGCCUCCUACACCAGUGGCUCAAGUGUCGAUAGCUUCAAGAAAGCCUGUACCGCCGAAACCUCAUCUUCAAAUUCGUAAAAAUGGCAACGCUAUAGUGUUGUCGUGGAAAAUGCCAUAUAACCUGGCGAACUUUGAAAGUAUCGCCAGUUAUCAGUUGUACGCUUAUCAAGAGACGAGCGCCCCACCCAGUACCGAUAUGUGGCGUAAAGUGGGCGACAUAAAAGCCCUCGCUCUGCCCAUGGCAUGUACGUUGACCCAGUUUGCCGACGGGAACAAGUACCAUUUCGCUGUGAGGGCCGUGGACGUGUUGAAACGCGUGGGACCGUUCAGUGAACCCGGUCCCAUUUUAUUGUAA